AUGAACACUUUGCGCGCCUUGAGAAUACUAAGAAACAACCUCCCUAAUAUCGAGCUCAACCAGCAUCUUCUUCACUUCUUUUACUUGCACCCGUCAUCUGCGCAACCCCUUUUGCAACCACUGGUGAUCUGGAACACCCCUCCAAAUCUGGUUUCAAAUGAGAAUGUUCUCGUCAUUGCACUGUGGAAUCUGGAGCAGAUCUUUUCUGCUAUCUAUCUGCCCACUGGUUGCCAUGUCUUCUUCAGGCAUUUCCUUGCAGGUGUCAAUAGCGAUGAUCCUGAUCACCAGCUUCUCCUUCUGUUCUUCAAAUCUGCAACUCCCCCUCGCGUUAGCCUUCGAGAAACUUUCCACCCUGUCUCUGCCAAUGAAUCUAUCUGCAUUUUCCACGUUGCUGUUUUUGGCUUCUCAUCAUCUGGUUCAAUUCGAUCUGUUACCGAUGCAGACCGGGCUGCUAUGCUUGAUCUGUUUUCUCUACUUCGCCCUCAUCUGCAUUAA